UAUCAUUUUUAAUAAGGUGAAAUUAAUAAAAUGACGCAAAUUUUAAGAGUUUUUUGAAAAAAAUAAGUUCUCCCAAUAAAGUAAUUCAAGAAAUCAAAAGAUUUUGUCAUUUAUUUCUCCAGGAGUGGAAGAAAUUAUUGCUUAUUUUAUCGUUUAGUACAUUUUUCUAAACAAGAUACCACUAUUUACCUUAAAUUUGAACAUUUUAGGGGGGGGGGGCUGGCUGCGCCCCCUCCCCAAAUCUGCCACUGUCUACAGACAAUGCAGGGAUGUCCUCACGGUGUGGUUAAGAUGGCUGAUUCCGAUGAAAUAGCGGCUCUGGUGAUCGACAAUGGCUCUGGGAUGUGUAAGGCUGGAUUUGGAGGGGACGAUGCUCCUCGCUGCGUGUUCCCCUCCAUUAUAGGGAGGCCACGGCACCAGGGCGUAAUGAUUGGAAUGGGGCAGAAGGACAGCUACGUUGGCGAGGAGGCGCAGUCCAAACGAGGCAUCCUCACUCUCAAGUACCCCAUAGAGCAUGGCAUCGUUACGAACUGGGAUGACAUGGAAAAAGUAUGGCACCACACCUUCUACAACGAGUUGCGAGUGGCACCUGAAGAGCACCCAGUCCUUCUAACAGAGGCUCCAAUGAAUCCGAAGGCAAACCGAGAGAAGAUGCUACAAAUUAUGUUCGAGACCUUCAAUACGCCUGCCUUUUACGUCUCCAUUCAGGCCGUGUUAUCGUUGUAUGCUUCCGGUAGAACAACCGGAAUUGUCCUCGAUUCGGGUGAUGGUGUCACCCACACGGUGCCAAUCUAUGAAGGUUACGCCCUUCCACAUGCCAUAAUGAGGGUGGACUUAGCGGGACGGGAUUUGACCGAUUAUAUGAUGAAGAUCAUGACGGAGCGCGGCUAUUCGUUCACAACCACUGCAGAAAGGGAAAUUGUUCGGGAUAUCAAAGAAAAGCUUUGCUAUGUGGCGCUAGACUUCGAUGACGAUAUGAUGAAAUCGGCUACAAGUUCCGUCCUUGAAAAAAACUAUGAACUUCCUGACGGUCAGGUCAUCACCAUUGGCAACGAGCGCUUCCGUUGUCCAGAGGCAUUGUUCCAACCAUCCUUCAUUGGCAUGGAAAGUACAGGUAUCCAUGAGGCAACCUACGAUUCCAUCAUGAAAUGUGAUGUUGAUAUCAGAAAAGAUCUGUACUCCAACAUCGUUCUCUCAGGAGGGUCAACUAUGUUCCCAGGGAUCGGGGAUAGAAUGAGUCAGGAGAUUGCAUGCCUUGCUCCUCAAAAUAUCAAGGUUAAGGUUGUGGCACCACCAGAGCGGAAGUAUUCUGUGUGGAUAGGCGGGUCGAUAUUGGCUUCGUUAUCCACUUUCCAGCAAAUGUGGAUCAGCAAACAAGAGUAUGACGAAAGUGGGCCAGGGAUCGUGCAUAGGAAAUGUUUCUAAAUCUAUAAAAUGUAGAUGGAAUAUGUAACUGUAACUGAUAAUUUCAAGAUUUCAUGCAAUGCAUAAAAUGCAAAAUUGAUCUUAAAAUCUUCUCAUUUUGUUUAAACAGAUGAAGCUAUUUUGUAUGAGAGACGAUCUAGUAUUCCCCACAAAAUUAUGUUUUGUUUCAUCUUUUCGAAUUUGAAUGUUGUUAAAUGUGAUGCGAUUUUAAUCAUUAAAGGCAAAUUAAAAAUGGUUAUGCUCUG